ACGUUGCGAUAUUCUUCUUUUAGUUUUGUCAUCCUGAUAGAAUAAUAUCACCAUAUGUUUUAAUAAAGGGAGGUAAUAAGCGAGGAUAAGCCAAGCCGCGUAGUUAUCAUUUUGAUCCAUACAAACUAAGCGAGAAAAUCCGCUAACGGCCUUUUUAUCUUUCUUACAGUGCCGUAAUGUCUUAGAACCCAUGCCCUGAAAUGAUUUUACAUCCUUAAUUAAGGCGUACCACUCUAUGCAAACUUCGCUAUGUGUUACAUGAUCAUAACGGGAGGCAGCCUGAUAUGGUUUCUGUUAAGUCUCAUAGCUGAUAUGUGUGUCAUAUCGGCCAUAGUAACACCAAAAUGGCUUAUUGGACCAUCGGCUCAGGCAUUUACGGUGACAACGCCGCAUUUACCAUUAACAGGGGCACAACAUAAUGAAACAAUAGCUGUGACUACAACCACAACAACCCUUAGAUAUCCCUCGGUUGGCAUAUACACACGAUGCAAAGCCAUACAGAAUAUAAGGCAUUCCCAAUACCAUUGCGGAGCAUUUGAUUUAGAUGGUUUCGCAACGGACAGUGAGAUAUAUCCUUCGACAUGGAAGGCAGCAAUGUUUUUCAUAUCCCUGGGAUUUGUCAUAUUAACCCUAACAGUGUUAUGUACAUUGAUCUCAUGUUGUAGACAGUCGAUGUUUGGCAAAUCCAUACACAAUAUGACCGCCUGUGCCCAGGUGACUGCAGGCAUUAGUGUUAUGCUGAGUUUAUUUCUGCAUCCCUUGGGAUGGUCAGCUACUCGAGUACAACUUUUGUGUGGUGCCGAUGCCGAACCCUUCUACGCGGCUGGCUGUUCUUUAGGAAUUUCCUUUUAUAGUGCCAUAGCUGGCGUUGUGCUGUGUUUUGUGUGUGCCGGCAUCAGUCUCAAGGCGGAAUCCUCGAAUAUGCGUUCACGUGUUAAAAGACGUGUCGAGGAGGGCGAUCGUCUUGUUUGUAUUCCAUAGGAUGGCAGUAAGGCGAGGAGGUAAGGCUGCUUCGGCCUUGCCAUUACAAUCUUCCAAACAGCUAUGUACAUCACUUAAGCGCACAAAGUGUUUUUUUUUUUUUUUUUUAAUUUUAUUUUAUUGGUUAUAAAUAUUUAUUUUGUAAGAUUGUAUAUUAGAAUAGGAUGCUUUAAGCUAUUGUUUGUAAAAAUUUUGAUUAAUGUACUUAAAUUUUAUGUUAGAGUUGGCUAAAUGUGGAGCGCCAAUAUUCCUAGGUACUUACUUUAAAUAUUUCCAGAGUUCACCUAGAAUGUAGAUAGACAGUAGGUUCAUUUUUAAGCUGGGGCCGGUUAGGCCACAACAAAGUUAAGCUAAAUUCGAACGCGUUGACCGAAAUGUAACCACAUGGGUAUUAACUAGGUUUACAUAUAGAUAAUUUAAAGAAAGACACCGGUAUUGUCUUAGACGAAAUUUCUAUAUUCUAUGUACUUCUCUUAUCCAAGUGUAUUUCCCGUAUUAAAUUUCGUCCAAAUUUGGCAACAAUUAUGGCUUCUAGUUGUUCAAAAAGUCAACUGCGCGAAUCGUUUCACAUGGCGGCUAUAUCUAUCCGUUGUUGUGUUCUAUCUUUCGUCUGCUUGAUUCUUUUGAGUGUCCAGAUCCCGGAACUCUGCGUCCAGAGGGAUCUAGGUCUGAGUCGAGUGGGUUUGUCUGGGCAGUUAAACAGAUGACUUGUGUUGUGUGGUCCCUGGUCACAAUCGGGACAUACACCUUGCACAUCGGCAUCAAUCCUUGCUCUGUAGGAGUUGAGGCGGCUACUUCUGCCGGAACGUAAUUGAGCCAGAACUACUCUGGUUUGCCGGGGGAGGUAAAUUUCUUCAGGUGCAACGGGAGGCGGUCGUUCUCCAAGGACUACAUUCAACCGGAAGCUAUUUACCGCAUCUGCUACCGUGUCUGCUUGAACGUUGUCUAAACCCGCUUGAUCUAGAGGUUCUCUCUUCUAGCGCUGAACUUCACGUUCUAGAUCAUGUAGAUCUACCUUUAGGCUUCUUGGCGUUGGAUGCCUAUACACAAGAUGAUGAUUUGGAUGGUCUGUGCGAUAACAGCCCAAAAGUUAUUGCUUACACAGAGUGUAGUUAUGUCUUCGCACUGGUAGGAUCUUUAUCUCCUGAUGGAGGUGGUCCACAUGAGAACUGGGGAGACAACCCCUCGCAGUUCGAAUGGCGGCAUUCCGACAAUUCUGAAUAUUAUUCCACAGCAUGUCACAGAGCUGAGGAGACCACACUGGCGCUGCAUAACUUACCACAGACAGGCCAAUUACUUUGUACGUGGUCAAAAAGGUAUCUUUGAUGGUCGGAAUCAUGUCUCCACUGACCAUUACUUUCAGCUCAGUAUUUGUAGUGAUCAAUGUGGCUAAAGAUUUGGUGGCAGAUAUCUUCAGAUCUAGAUACAUGUUCGUAUCUAUCCGUUGUUGUUGUAGGCUCCUGAGGGAGCGACCAGUCGCGGUCUAAAGGACCGGUCGCGGCGCAAACAGUGUGGCCAUUGGUUAUUUAAAGGCGUCAAUAACCCGCCUUGUCAUAUCGAGCAUCAUAGGCACUCAGUAUUUGUGCAAGACCUUCAGCUCGAUACCGCUGAUUCUCUGCGACUGCCGUUGCAUCUACUCCGUAUAGAGCAUUCCACUAUCCGCAACCUGUGGAUGCGUCUGGUAGCUCGCAGCUAAGCUUCUCGUGACAGCAAUGGUCACCGCACAGAUAGGACCUCAAUGUUCCGGCCUGUGUGGUGUUCACAACUAUCCCGUACCGUAUUUGGUGUGUGGGUUGGAGAGUUUAGGAGUGAUUUCCGUGAUUUUAUACCAAAUUUCAGCAAAUAUUUAUAAAGGUUUUUAUAUAGGUUUUGUUGUAAUUCUGCCACUGUUUCUAAUAGAGUCUUUAAGGCUGCAAUAAUGGCAAUACCAAAUUUUAGGUGCCUUUAUAGUCAAGUACAAUAUCGCUAAAUUGCACUGAGCUGUUUGUGUUUUUAGC